AUGGUCGCUCUAACCUUGAAGUACUCGUUGUUAAUCGUGUCAUCACACCUCGCCUACUCACAUUUCCAAGCAGCAUUGAGAGAGCGAAGAGAAGUGGACAAAGACGAAGUUGAGCCAGCCAGGAUUCUCAUCAACGUCGUCGAACCUCACCCUGUCACCAAAAUUCUUGCUGGGAAAGCUCAACGAAGGAAUAAGAAAGGGUCGUUCACCACGAAAUCUCGCCAUCUUAACUACUCCUCCGAGGUGUCCCAGACGAGCUGUCCUGAAGACGAGGAUGAAGAUCCGUUUGAUUCAGAAGAGCAGACAAAAGCUCGAAGAUCUUCUUUUACACUAGGAGACUUCCUACAGGGUUGUUCUCCUUCAACGAGUUGUUUUCAUGAGCGCUCAAGAAAACCCAGCAGUUGGAGCUUUGUCGAAGAAAAGCCACCUGCUCUACCAGAGAGCGAUCAGCCAAAGCCAGCCGACCUAAUCGACAUCUCUGCCAUCACUAAUAUUAACUCGGUCUUUGAAGUGAUCGAUCUCAAAGCUCACAGUCUACAGAAUUUCAAUUUUCCUGAUACGAUAUCACGCCUUGAGCAAGAACGUUUUGCUGUUCGAUGGGUCGAUCCGGACCGAGCCAUGGUUGAUGCCACUUAUCACGUUCGGCGCAGUGGUGAUGAGCCGAUGAGAAAGCCUUUACUCAUACUCUUCUUCGAGCUACGAGAAAAUGGAUGUAUCCUGAGACUCCGAAUCAACGCCGAUGUUCGAUACGUGGAAGAUAAAGAUCGCGAAACGUUCGUUGACGGCAUUGUACGAAGAAAGGAUUUCCCAUCUUUAUUCCAAUUCAUUUUAGAAACUGUGAGGUCGCUAAGGUUGAGAGAACUCGAGAUUCCUAAAGAAAAAUCGCGUUGCUCUGAGAAUCCGGGUUACUUCGCUCCAGUGGUGAACAGUAAUGCGUUAGCAGUAAAGGCUGAUCGCUGUCACGGGUACGACAAGCUGCAGUUCCUCGGGAAUGCAGAAAAUAUCGCUGAUCAUCACAAGGGCGUUAAUUCACAG